GGCGAUGCGCAACUGAAAGUCGGUGAUUUUGAAAGUGAAACCGUGAGCGUGACGGCAGCGAGACCCUCGGUGGUGGCAGGUCACUCCCUGACGAUGGUCUUACCGCGUGUGGACUUCCACGGGGAACAUGCUGUAGAGCCGCGCCGAGCUGGCAGAUGGAUCCAGAUCGAUUCACCACUUCUGUCUGCGUCCUAAUGGUGUGUCUUCUCGGAACGACGCGGCUCUCCAGCGUCGGCCAGUGCACAUGUCCAGAAAUUCCCAGAAGGAAUUUUACUUUGCAACCAGAAGCAGAGAACUGCUUCAAUGUUGGCUACAAAUAUCGCUACUCGUGCAUUCCCGGUUACGUGAGGAAGGCCGGAACGUCGAAUCUCAUCACGUGCAGCAAUGAUUCGAAGUGGACCACUACCAGACAUCCACUCGUGUGCAUACCUCAUCCAGACUCAACUACUCCAUCACUGCCACACAUUCCAGAUGGUUUAAGCAUCACAACUGCGGCACCAAACCGACCAGAAACUUCCACCAGCUAUUCAACUGGAAGAAGCUCUACUACUGAAACUACAAGCUCAGCUAAUAUGAAGCAAAGUACAUCAGUAACUAAAAGCACAACCACAGUGGUUUCCUAUAAAACUCGGAGCUCCACAUACUCACCAAGUAACCAUAGCAACGGAAACAGCUCUAUGAAAGAUAUCUACGCAGAAACCUACACAGCAGCAGACGCCAAAACAAUUGCCAUCACUUUAUCUGCGGUGAUCCUAUUGGCUUCCACGAGUGGCAUCAUCUUCUUACUAUAUCGAAGGAGAAAAAGACCGAUUCCCCCUCAGGAAACAGAGGAGAUGCAGCCAAUAAACAACUCCUCUUGAGCCGUGGUGUAGAAUUUGUACAGAGUUUUUUAGAGGAACUGCAAAAAAAGAGGAAGGAAGAACAAGCGGCCUGUAUUUCAAAAUGAAAUAUAGGCUCUCGUGCUUGUGACAUGCUGUUUUGAAGCCUGGGAUCUGCCAUCUUGUUUACUUUAUUUAAACAAACAGGUCAAAUUAUCUGGAAAUAUGUUAUCUUCAGCUAAGAUUUAUUCAACAUAUUCUAAAAGGAAUAGAGAAGUCUGGGGUAAUUUGAGCCAAAGGGUAAGUUGAUUUAUGACAUUAAUUAAUCAUGUGACUAAAUAGGAGGAAUGUAUCAUUUAAUUAAGUCCAUGACUGUAAGAACCUCAAGGGGAAAGUUAUUACAUAUUUAUUUCCCUUUACCUAGCAAAGUUAAAAUUACUCUAAUUAUUCCAGAGUGGAGCCGUAGCGCCGGCGCUAACGCCAUAAUAAGCGGGAAAAACCCCCCAUUUUUCCCACCUGAAAGUGAAUUUAGUCUAUCAUAAGUUUAAUAAAAAUUGUGUUUAGACUAAAACGAAUAUUUUAAAUUUUGUUUUAUAUGUCAUUUGAGCAACAAUAUGUGGUCAUAAAUCAAAGAUAAUUUCAGUUCAAGUUCAAAUGCUAGCUUUUGAAAUUGCUCGUUGCUUGUUGAGAUGCUACCACCCAACCACCGACUUGAAACAAGGAUCCAAAUUGCCUUUUUUUUGCUCCAAAUUUUACCUGUCUUCUUUUUUUUUAUGCUACUUUUUCUUUUUUUAAAUUUUUUUUUACUAAACAGCACGUCAUCUGUUGUAUCCGUUGAAUUGUGUACAACAGCUACGGCUUAACUUGCCCCGCAUCAAUGCUUGUUUUACCUCACAUACGGGGUAAGUUGAGCCAUAAAAAAAUAAAUUCUACAAUAUCUAAAUAGUUCACACUUGUUCCGAUUAUUUGAAGAGAUGGAUAACAUCCUUAAAUAUAUGCAAAUAUAUAGGUUGAAGCUAAUAUAGGUGCCUUGGUGUAUUAGCUAAACAUGAAAAAUGUCUCUUCUUACCCCAGUCUCUCCAAAAUACUGAAGUCAAAACCGUAACUACCCAUUAGGACUGUAUUAUCUUCUUAUAGGAAAAAAUUUUAAGUUUGAUUGUUUGUGUGUGUGACAAAUAGCAAACAGUUUUAUGCAAUGUUCAAACUUAGGAUCUCGAGCCGUAUGAUAUUAGUGAUAUAAAAGAAACCUUUAUGCUGCUGAGCCAUCCGGCCAGCCAGAGACAGCCCAAGAUCAUAUGGGGCCCUGAGCAGAAUUUGAUUUGGACCCCCCCUAAUAAAUAAAUUUCAUGUAUUUUUUGUUGUUGUUGUUGUUGUUGUUGUCGUUAGUUUUUUUUUAAUGAAGGGAACAGAAUAAUUUUCUCAACUCUCAAGUUAUUCACAUCAUAUUUAUUGCAUUGAAAAAAGGAAAUAAGCUGUUAUCUCACUGACCUGCAGGUACAGUGUGCUUGAAAUGUAACUCACUUGUUGAGAGCUUCCCCACAGCAUGAUGCCUCCACUACCUUCUUUCACCACAAUGACUCUGAACGGGCAUCUGACUGAAGACUGUUGCUGUGUGACAAAAUUGCAUUUUUGUUGAACAAACACCUAUUCAAAGAGUUGGAACAGAUAUUUUUGCUAUAAUGAGGCCUCAAGGUUUGGCCAUGUUUAUAGAAUACAGUGUAAAUGUUCUGAAAUUGGUUAUGCAAAAGUAGAGUGGAUUUUUUAACAACUAUGAACUUUGCAAUCAGAUUAUUAUUAUUUCCUCUAUGUGAUUACAACUGGUAGGGAUUUAUUUAGAAAAAUUCAAGUUUAUAAAAAAAAACCCCAUAACAUUUGAAGUUUUGAAAUCUGUAACACUUGGGGGCCCUCUGAUGGCCUGGAGGUCCAAGCAGCAGCUCGGCUCCCUAUGCCUUAGUCCACCUCUGUGACCAGCACACAGUGCUUAGUCCAUGUAUAUUUUAUAAUGUUUAAAGUCUUUUUUUGAUUUCUCUAUUUUUAUUCUUUUCAAUCAAAUCACUAAUAUCAAUGGUGUGCUUUUGAAGGCAUGCACUGUUUCACUCUAUAGCCUUAAUCUUAUAUGAUGCCUCAAAACUACUUUGCGAUAAUGUAUCAGUGGAAUGCACUUGUUGGAACACUUUCAUUUUUUGUGACCCUGUACAUAUUCUUAUCUGUUGCUUGACCUAAACAGUCAUGAAAUGUCAGGAAGUUGGCAAUCAUUUGGAUUUUUUUGUUGUUUAUACUUUCUGUACUGUCAUGCAUUUGUGAAAUUAACUGACCCAUGUAUUCAGAAUAAGAUGGAUUUAAUAAACAACUACAUUUUUA